AUGCAUCGUUCUCAGCAGACCCAGGACACCUUCGACUCCCUCGCUCUCCUUUCCAACGUGUCAGAUGAUCUCUCACAAGUUCCUUCCGACCUUCUCCACGAGCUACCUCCUUCCCGCCGAUCAAAAGAAUUUGAGACGACUUUCUUGCCUUGCGACCAUGAGGUCUCCUGCUUGACCCGACAGCUCUCAGCUAAGCAGCUCAACCCGACCAAGCAGAAGCAGCUCAGGGCCCUGGAGCACUGCAUCAAGCUACUGAUCUCCAAGGAGCGCCCCAAGAUCAAGAACACUGUAGGAGUGUGGAUGACAAUGUGA